UUAACGCAUUAGGGCUUUGGAAUCGAUUAUUGGACCGAGAAGACAGCGCGCCUCUCCCAGAAAAAUGUCGAAGAAGAACGAUCUAGCUCGCAGGAAAAGGCAGCACGAAUUUGACCUAAGAAGAGAAAAAGUAGAGAAAGAGAAGAAGGAAAAGAAUCUUCAAGCCAAGAAAAAUAAGAUGAAAGUGGACGGUAGCAAAAAUAAGAAGAAGGGUGGGAGUGGAUUUCAAGUAGGAAAGAAGAAGUUAAAGACAAAAUUGACACCAUUGGCGAAAGCUAAAGCUGCCCAGGCAAUGGACCUUGACAAAUGAGAUCAUUAGCGAGUGAGUUGGUUCUAUUAAAAAUGAAAAUAUGCGUUUGAUUGUGUUUAGGUUAGCCAUGGUUGUGCCUAGUUCACUAUUAUCUCUAAUGUAACUUUAAGAAUGAGACAAUUGGAUAACAUUUUUGUUCCAAUACUUAAAUUUCUUGAAAUGAGAUUUUGGCUACUUACGUCUUGUAAA